AUGUCAACAGAACCAUCAUCAUCAUCACAUCAAAUGAGUUUUGCACCUUUACAUCGUACAGUUGAAUUAGAAAAUAUUCAUGCACAAGUUACAAAUAAUGAUUUACAUGAACAACCACAAGAAAGAAUACCAUCAACACGUAAAGUACUUACUAGAUAUAUGACUGUUAUUGGUGAUGGUAGUGAUACAAAUACUGAAAAUAUAACAACACAAUGA